AAUAUACAUUUUUUUCCCUACGGUGUAUGAAACACGUCAAAAGACGAUUGACGAUUCAGUCUGCAGUUUGUUUGCUCGGAAUGUGUCAAGUUGUUAACAUUUGCUCAAGGAAAUCGACCAUUCAAAAGCGAUGGAUGAAUACGAGGAAAUAAGCAAACGUUAGCCUUCCUUAGCUGGUGAUUUUUUUUGUGGCUAGCUACAUAAGCUGUCAUGAGCAAGAGAAACAUUUCAAUAUUAUUUGCAGCAAUUUGUUAAAUUAAAUGAGUUCAUGUGAGCUGCUGAUGUGAUUACUAACUAACUAAAUCCAUCUGGUGUGAAUUCCCACCGCGCCUAUCGUUAGUUACUCUAGUUAACGUUAACUAGUUUGUCAUCUAAUCAUCCCCAAGACAAGGAAAAGACAAAAGUCAUACAUUUUUUUCUCCUUCGUGACAAGAGAUGUUAGCUAUUGAAAUCUAAAAGGGGGGAUGGGGAGGCUGUCAUCUUCGCAAUGCAGCACUAGGCAAAGAUCAACAACAAAAAAAAACGAUCUGUCGUGGGCACUUGGAAUAGGAAAGAGAGCUGCGCAUCUUGGGCACACAGUUGGUGAUGGUUACACACAAGUCGUGACUGGCUCGAUAGAUUAUUAUUUUUUGGUUUGUUAUUGUUUUGUUUGGUCUUUCCUUCUCGGCCUAGUCGUUGGUAACCUCCAGGUAUCUUGCGGACUGCAGCCUUGGCAAUUAUAAUCUACCUUGCUAUUAAAUAGGCCUACACUGUAUGUCGCAAUGUGUCACUCAUUAUUACAAUAUUUUGGAAGUCAUUGGUAAAUAAUAUGUUGUACUACCGAAUACGUAGCUAAUGGUUGUUUUUUGUCGGUAUUAAACUUUGUGAGUCAACCUACCGAUGGCCAGUUAGCUCAUGUUUAUCAAUAGGGCUGGGUAGGGAUUGUGAUCCCUAUCCAAGGCCUGUGAUCCCUAUCCAAGACAGCAGCAUCGCUGUGUGAUGUCUGAUAGCAGCGUUGUAUGCCCCUGCGGCACCAGGAUAUUGCAGAUGCACACACUGGCAAUGUUUUUUUUUUUUUUUACAGCAAGGUGUGGUGGUGAUGAUGCUGACGAUAAAUGACAGUUACAAAAACAAAAAAGAGUGGGAAAGAAGAGGAACUAAUAACUUUUUGACUUUAAAACACACACACUGAACGACAUCCGGGCACAGGUGUGACAUCAUUGGCAGCCUCAUCUUGGAUCUAGCAUGGCCUUCAGCAAAGGAUAUCGCAUCUACCACAAGUUGGACCCGCCCCCGUACAGCGUCAUCGUGGAAACCAGGAACAGAGAUGAAUGCCUCAUGUUCGAGUCGGGCGCCGUCGCCGUGCUAUCGGCUGCAGAGAAGGAGGCCAUUAAGAACACCUACACCAAGAUGAUGGACGCCUAUGGGAUUCUGGGAGUUCUACGCCUCAACCUGGGUGAUUCCAUGCUCCACAGCUUGGUAGUAGCAGCAGGCUGUAGCUCCGUAGGGAAGGUGCAAGACUCUGAGGUGUUCCGGGUCACGUCUACAGAGUUUGUUUCUCUGAAGAACGACCCGAGUGACGAGGACCGCAUCGCUGACGUCAGGAAAGUCCUGAACUCUGGGAAUUUUUAUUUCGCUUGGUCCUCUAGCGGCAUCAGCAUGGACCUCAGCCUCAACGCUCACCGCCGGAUCAAAGAGGACACCACAGACAACCGCUUCUUCUGGAACCAGUCCCUUCACCUUCACCUAAAGCACUACGGUGUGAACUGUGAUGACUGGUUGUUGAGGUUGAUGUGCGGCGGCGUAGAGAUCAGGACGAUCUACGCAGGUCACAAACAGGCCAAGGCCUGCGUCAUCUCCCGCCUCAGCUCAGAGAGGGCCGGGACGCGCUUCAACGUCCGAGGGGCCAACGAUGACGGACAGGUGGCCAACUUCGUAGAGACUGAACAGGUGAUCUUCCUGGAUGACCAGGUGUCUUCCUUCAUCCAGAUCCGUGGUUCCAUUCCUCUGUUCUGGGAGCAACCAGGAAUACAGGUGGGCUCUCAUCGCGUCAAGCUCUCCAGAGGGUACGAGGCCAACGCACCGGCUUUUGAGAGGCACUUCAGUGCUCUGAGGAGGCUGUAUGGGAAACAGGUGAUCAUCAACCUGCUAGGCAUGAAGGAGGGAGAACACAUGCUCAGCAAAGCAUUCCAGAGUCACCUGAAGGCGUCCGAACACGCCGGAGCUGUGAAGAUGAUUAACUUCGACUACCAUCAGAUGGUGAAGGGCGGCAAAGCUGACAAACUCCACAGUGUCCUCAAACCUCAGCUCAACAAGUUCCUGGAUGCAUGUAGCUUCUUCUGCUACUCUGGAGAGAAGGGGGUUACCAAGUCUCAGAGUGGUACCCUCAGGACCAACUGUCUAGACUGUCUAGACAGAACCAACAGUGUCCAGGCCUACUUCGCUUUGGAGAUGUUACCUAAACAGCUAGAGGACAUGGGUCUGACAGAGAAGCCCCAGCUGGUAGCCAGGUUUCAGGAAGUGUUCAGGUCCAUGUGGACGGUUAACGGAGACUCUGUCAGCAAGAUCUACGCUGGGACUGGAGCCCUGGAUGGAAAGGCUAAGGGGGGUAAGUUGAAGGACGGUGCUCGCUCUGUGACCAGAACCAUCCAGAAUAACUUCUUUGACAGUUCAAAGCAGGAGGCCAUUGACAUCCUCCGACUGGGCUCAACACUGAACAGUGACCUGGCAGACAAGGCCCGGGCCCUACUCACCACGUCCAGUCUUUACGUCACUGAGCCUAUCUUACAAUCAGCCUCUCCCAGAGUUCUACUGGGAAUGUGUCAGAACCACCAGAAAUACACCCGUCCCAAACAGAUCAGGGUGUCAGUGGGUACGUGGAACGUCAACGGGGGAAAACAGUUCCGCAGCAUCGCCUUCCGCAACCAGACCCUCAACGAUUGGCUGCUGGACGCUCCGAUGAAGGCCGGGCUCCCAGACUUCCAGGACAGUAGAGCCAACCCACCAGAUAUCUUUGCCAUCGGCUUUGAGGAGAUGGUGGAGUUGAAUGCUGGCAACAUCGUCAGUGCCAGUACGACCAAUCAGAAGCUGUGGGCUGCAGAGCUGCAGAAGAACAUAUCCCGCGAUCAUAAAUACGUCCUGCUGGCAUCAGAGCAGCUAGUGGGAGUCUGCCUGUUUGUCUUCAUUCGCCCUCACCACGCCCCCUACAUCAGGGACGUUGCCGUGGAUACCGUGAAGACGGGGAUGGGCGGAGCCACAGGUAACAAAGGGGGAGUGGCCAUCCGCAUGCUGUUCCAUACGACCAGUAUCUGUUUCGUCUGCUCCCACUUCGCUGCCGGCCAAUCACAGGUCAAGGAGAGGAACGACGACUACAACGAGAUCACACGCAAACUCACCUUCCCCAUGGGUAGACUGCUCUACUCCCACGACUACAUCUUCUGGUGCGGGGACUUUAACUACCGCAUCAGUCAGCCCAACGAGGAAGUGAAGGAGUUAAUCAGACAACAGAACUGGGAAGCCCUGACCGCCGGGGACCAGCUGGUGGACCAGAAGAACCAGGGACUGGUGUUCCGUGGGUUCAUCGAGGGCAAUUUGGACUUUGCUCCCACCUAUAAGUACGACCUGUUCUCUGACGACUAUGACACCAGUGAGAAGUGUCGUACCCCCGCCUGGACCGACCGCUGCCUAUGGAAGAGGAGGAAGUGGAACUUCGACAAGACUGCGGAGGAGAUGAACAUGGUCGGCCCAGUGGGAGAAGCAGAGGAACAGCAGCAGUACCCCUGGAGCCCUGGGGAGCUGAAAUACUACGGGAGGGCUGAGCUCAAGACCUCUGAUCACAGGCCCGUGAUGGCAGUGAUGGAUAUAGAUGUUCUGGAGGUGGAUCCAGAUGCCCGUCACCAGGUGUAUAAGGAGGUGAUCGCCCUGCAGGGUCCUCCCGACGGAACCAUCCUGGUCUCCCUCUGUUCCUCCGGACCUGACGACUACUUUGACGACGCGCUCAUCGACGAGCUGCUGGACAAGUUCGCUGUGUUUGGAGAGGUCAUCCUCAUCAGGUUUGUGGAGGAGAAGAUGUGGGUGACGUUUCUAGAGGGUUAUUCUGCUCUGGCUGCCCUGUCUCUGAGCGCCUCCACGGUUCUGGGUAAGGUGAUAGACAUCCGUCUGAAGAGUUCAGGUUGGAUUAAGAGUCUGGAGGAGGAGAUGAGUGUAGAGAGGAUCUGUGGAUCUGUCCCUACUUCCGCCAGCUCCUCUCUGCUGGCCGAGGACGCUGAUAUGGGAGAGGAUGACUACGAUAUGGAGGGCGAUGUGGAUGAGGAGGUGGAGGAUAUUCUCCCCCAACACCUUCAGCCUGGCGCAGGCCCCGGGCCCCUCUCCUCCCCCUCCCCCUCCCCACGGGGCAGCCCCUCUCACUCCCCCACCCACGGAGAACCAGCUGCCCCCAGCAGACCCAGUCGAUCUGCCCCACGCUCUGCUGGACCACCGCAAGGGACUCCAGUGGACUUCCAGCCUGGUGCUCCUCAGGCCCUGGAGCCUAAACGCCCCCCUCCUCCUCGCCCCAACGCCCCGCCAGCCCGACCUGCUCCUCCUCAACGCCCUCCUCCUCCAUCAGGAGGCCUAAGCCCCAUGCCCGGGAGAAGAGACAUGGGAGGACAAAAAAGCCCUGCGCUCGCUAGACCUGCCUCAGGUCGUGUCCAAUCAGGUCCUGGAGGCCUGCCCCGACCGAACAUGCCUCAGAGGGCUGGGGUGAUCAGUGUGACCCCCCAGGCGCGCCCUGCCCACCCAGGUGCUCCCAGACCCACCCCAGAGGCACCGGGGGCUCCACGGCCCACCCCAGACACUCACCCUGGAGCUCCCAGACCUGGCCCUGACGCCCAGCCUAAACCCACCGACCUGCCCCUGGGCCCCCCUCCUUCCGGACCCCCUCCAGUGAGACAUGUCCCCUCCCCGAUGCAGCCAACAAUGCAGCCCCAGUCUGCCUCUCCAGCCCAGCCACCCAUGCAGGCUCCCAUGCAGGCCCAGUCUGCCCCUCCAGCCCAGCCACCCAUGCAGCCAACCAUGCAGGCUCCCAUGCAGGCCCAGUCUGCCCCUCCAGCCCAGCCACCCAUGCAGGCUCCCAUGCAACCAACCAUGCAACCAACCAUGCAACCAACCAUGGCUGCCCCAAUGCAGCCAACCAUGCAGGCUCCCAUGCAGCCCCAGUCUGCCCCUCCAGCCCAGCCACCCAUGCAGGCUCCCAUGCAGCCCCAAAUGGCUGCCCCAAUGCUGCCCACACAGGCCGGAGCAGGGCUAGGGGCUACCGGGGCUGUGGCCCCCCAGGGGCUGUCCUCCCCCAAGCCCCCUCCCCGCUCCCGUUCCUCUCAUGUCCUGCCCCCUGAGACCACCACUACAGAGAAUGCCCCUGCAACCCAGAUCAAUGGGGUGAAUGGAAUCCAAAGAGAAGCACAAUGGAAGCCCGAACCCUUUGACACACUCACCUCUGACCUCUCCGCCUCUUGGCUCAACACCCAAUCACUGACCAGGACCUCCUCCUUACGCUCAGCUCCUACCCUCCCUACUUCCUCUAUCACCCUCCCUUCAUCCCUCCACUCCACCCCUCUGUCCACCCUGCAGGGCUUCGACGACGACUCUUCCUCCACCCUCCCCCCUUCCCUCACCCGGUCUCUCCUCCCCCCUCCCCCGGUCCCAUCUCGAAGUAGGUCCCAGGAGGCCCUGCAGCGGGGCUCUCCCAACCCCUUUCUGAGUGAUCCGGUCCCAGCCCGUCCCAACAGCACCAACCCCUUCACUGGUCCUCUGGUGCAGCAGGGUCAGAGGCGCUCCCUGACACCUGACUUCCUUGCCCAGCAGAAGGCCUCAAGGCCUGGUCUCGACAGGACCAUGUCUGCCUUCACCCAGCCCCUCGCCCCUACCCCAGCCCCGUUCCCAGCUUUUGCCCCCAACAUGACGCCAGGGGCACCUGCACCCCCUCCAUCGCUCCACCGGACGAUGUCCCUGCUUGGCCCAUCGAUGACCCCCCUCAUCCCUGCUCCAGCGCUCCCUCUCCUGACUGCUCCCUCUCUCCCUGCCCCUAUGCUCCCCCUGGCUCUUCCUCUCUCUCGCCCUCUUCUUCCAGCCCCUGCCCUCCCCCUGUCUCCUCCCUCCUCCACCCCUGACCUCCCCCUGUCUCCUCCCUCCUCCACCCCUACCCCCCUGUCGUCCCGCCCCCAGCCCCCUCCUCCCCCUCGGGCCCAGCUGUGGGUGACCUUCGAUGAUGAUUCAGUCCUCCCCGUCCCAGCCAAGGCUCCACCAGCAGCCCCAACUGCUUCCACCUCCCCCCCAUCUCUCACCCAGACUCAGUUCUCCUGCUCUGGUUUCGACUCUGACCCACACUGGGCCACUGGCUCCACCACCUUGACCUCCACAUUCCUCUCCCGGCCCCCUCCGAUCCCAGCCAGGGUGGUCCCAGGCAGCAGCCAGCCCCCGCUCCCAGCCCGAGCCACAAACAACCUCCCUUUCCCCAAGGACUUCACUGAGAGAUAGGAGUGACCCGGCGAUCCACCACAGAGGAAACGUGUCCUAUGUAGGACAGGGACGACCUAUCUAGAGGAGUGUAGAUCUAUGGUCCACUACAGAGGAAACAGGUCGUCCCUGGCCUAAA